AUGUGGGAAAUCAUGGGGAUUGUGGGGCUGCUGCAAGCCGGUGCCACAGUUAUGACGGUGUUCUGCCUUCUCCCACCAACGUCGUUCUCCAUCACGUUGGGGAUCCUCUUUUGUUACGAGCUCAUGGAUGGGUUGACGCUGAGAGACGUUUGCUUUGACUUUGACGGCCCCAACAUGGGUCUUGUCCUUGGCAUCACAGUGCCAGACUUUUUUUUAUACCUGCUCCUGACGGCGUACGUCGAGGCGGUGACGCUACAUGAAAGCGGCACGCCUAAGCACCCGCUGUUUUUUGUCAUUGACCCCUGGAGACGCUGCAGGGGCCGUGUUUGGCAGUGGGGCGGAUGGGCGGGACCCGAAUGGCACCUACGAGGAGAUGGGGGCAUCUGUGAAGUACGCCCUUCAGAUCAAAAGACUACGUCGGGAAUACGGGCGCGGUCGACGGAACCUUCUGGCCGUCAACAACCUCUGCCUGAAGAUGCUGGAGAAUUGCAUCUCCGUUCUGCGUGGCUGCAAUGGCGCGGGUAG